UUCCGUAAAAUUUUUCAAGAUUUUGAAUUGAUUUUCUGAAAUAAAUAUAUUGGUGGUAUGGCACCAACACUUCAGAGUAACGACGUGUUCACAAAAACCGAUACCAAGGCCAAUGCGGAUGGAUCUAUAUUAACAAUCACUACAACAACAAAUAUCAAAAAAUAUUCAGACGGUUCUACUGUCACGAAGGUCAAAAAACAAACCGAAACAACACCAGCUGGUUAUUCAAGUAACACCGGACAGAGAGCAAUUAAGGGAAAUCCAUAUGAGUUCGGUUAUAACGCUUCACAAUCCAUGGCUGCUAAAGUGGCCAUUACGACGAGCAAAGAAUUCAAGAAACACUGUUUGGAUGAACAUAAUAGGCUCCGAGCAAUGCAUCAUGCGCCUCCAUUGAAACUAAGCCUUGAAUUAAGUAAAAUUGCACAGGGUUGGGCCAACAAGCUAGCAAAAGAUGAGAAAAUAUAUUACAGCACAUAUGAAUUCGGUGAAAAUAUAUAUUCGUGUACAGAAGACAGACCCAGCGCUAGUACCGAUGCUGUUAAAGCAUGGUAUGAUGAGAUUAAAUACUGGGAUUGGAAGAAAAUGUCAGGAAACGGAAAGGGUGAAACUGGGCAUUUUACACAAUUGAUUUGGAAAAGGUCAAAAGAAAUUGGUGUUGCAGCAGCUUAUUCUAAAGAUGGCCGUUUAUUUGUUGUGGUAGAGUAUAAUCCACCUGGAAAUUUCACAGGUCGUUACUGGGAGAAUGUUCUUCCGAAAUAAAUAAACAAAGUUGCUCAAUAAAGUGACUCCAAAAGCCACAAAAGCAGAAAUGGAAUACAUUUGGUUAAAUUACAUUCAGAAAUUAAUUACGUAAAGUUUUUAAUAAAAUUUAUGUGU